AAGGCCGAUCAGAGAACGACGAAACGGAGCGGGUGAGAGACAGUGGUGGUCGCAGAGGGAAUAUACGAUGAUGCUGCGCUCUUGCUGCCGGCCGUUGGAGAGAUGCUUCGCCCGACGCGGCGGCGGUGGUGGUAGCGAUGGGCUGUUGUGGCACUCGGAUUUGAAGCCGCACGCCUCGGGCGACUACUCGAUCGCGGCGGUACAGGCGAAUUCGAACAUGGAGGAUCAGAGUCAGGUUUACACGUCUCCGUCGGUGACUUAUGUUGGGAUUUACGACGGACAUGGUGGCCCGGAAGCUUCUAGAUUUGUCAACAAGCACCUCUUCCCUUUCAUGCACAAAUUCGCGAGUGAGCAAGGAGGUUUGUCUGUUGAUGUGAUAAAGAAGGCAUUCAAUGCAACUGAAGAGGAAUUCUGGCAUUUAGUGAAGCGAUCACUCCAAGUGAAGCCUCAAAUUGCUUCUGUAGGUUCUUGCUGUCUGGUUGGUGCCAUAUCCAACGAGGUGUUAUACGUAGCUAACCUCGGGGACUCGAGGGCAGUGCUUGGCAGAAAGGCGAAUCAAGAUAAGAGAAAAUCGGUGAUUGCAGAAAGACUAUCAACAGACCACAAUGUUAAAGUUGAGGAAGUUAGGAAAGAGGUUGAGGCACUUCAUCCUGAUGAUUCCCAGAUUGUCAUGUUUGCUCGUGGUUGUUGGAGGAUAAAGGGCAUAAUUCAGGUAUCAAGAUCUAUCGGGGACAUAUAUCUAAAGAAGCCUGAGGUCAAUCUAGAUCCUUUCUUCCAGCAAUUCGGCAAUCCUGUCCCCUUGAAACGGGCUGUGGUGACAGCAGAACCUUCAGUUCUAAUAAGGAAGCUGAUGCCAGAAGAUCAAUUCCUCAUAUUUGCUUCAGACGGUCUUUGGGAACAAUUGACUGACGAAGAAGCAGUAGAGAUUGUGUUAAAUAAUCCCAGAGCCGUGAGGAAUUGCAAAGCGACUGGUGAGAGCUGCCCUCAAUGAAGCAGCAAGGAAGAAAGAGUUGAGAUACGAUGACAUAAAGAAUGUAAGGAAGGGAGUAAGGCGGCACAUUCACGAUGAUAUCACUGUGAUCGUGAUAUAUCUUGAUCGACACAGAAGGUCUUUUCCAAAUGGCAGAUUGAAGAAGAACGCCAUCGGCUGCACAUAUGCUCCCAUGGAUAUUUACUCUCUUUACACCGCAGAUUAGCCACAGAACACAGUCGUCUUGAUAUGUUCGGUUGCUCUCAGCUCGAGCUUUUUUCGGGAAUAACCAAAUGACUCUCUAACUGCUGCAAUGGUGAUUACUUUUCUUUGGGCUGUGAGAUUGAGGUAACUAUGACAAAUAUGUCUGGGAUGCGGUUACAGUGUGUACAUAGUCAAAGCUAUUGAUGAAAGCUGAAUUGGGGGAGAGCCAUAUGUUGGUGAAGAC